GGUUCAAGUAUAUUUUUCGUUUAGUUAUUCGUCAAUAUUUACUGAGGAAACAUCAACAAAAAAAAAAGAAGAAGAAAAAAAUGAUUCUCCAAGUAGAAAAGAAUUUAUUUUUUAUUUUUCUCAUUUUGUUUCUUCAAAAAAUUGAAUCGAAAUCAGUCGGCAGAGCAACACCGAAAAUAGAAAAUGGAUUUGUAGAAAUUCACGACAAUGGGCAAAGGUACAGUUUCGAUUGUAAGGAAGGUUAUCAACUUAUUGGCGAGAGGGAAAUUUAUUACGAAAACAAUGAAUGGUCGAACAAAAUACCAAUUUGUCAUCGAAUUAAAGCACAAAUAGAUUUUCCUUUUGGUCAUUAUUUGGUUAGUGAGGAGGGACGUAAGUAUACAUUUUUUUGCAAUGACGGCUAUCAUCUCAAGGGACAAAAGAAAAUUAAGUUCGAGAACAACAAAUGGGGCGGAAGUGUCCCAAAGUGUGUUGAAAAUGAAGACGAGGAAAAUAAUAAAAAAGUUGACGAUGAAGAUGAUGAUGAUAAUGAUGAAAUAUUCGAGUCGAAUGAAAAUGAUCCAAAAAUUCAAAUUGUCAUGAAGGACAAUUAUGAUGAUAAUAGUAAUAAAAAGCAGAAAGAAGAUGAUCGUGAAAUAUCCGAAUCGAAUAAAAAUGAUCCGAAAAUUGUAAUUGUUAUGAAGGACAAUAAUGAUAAUAAUAAAAAGCAGAAUGAAGACGACGAUAGUGACAAUGAUGAUGAUGACGAUGAUGAUGACGAAGAAGAAGAAGAAGAUGAUGAUGAUGAUAAUGAUGACAAUGAAGGCAAAAAGAAAAGUAAAGUGACAAUUGGUGGAAUUCAUUUUCAAAUAGAACAAACAAAAGAAGAUAAAAAUUGUCUCAACAUGGAAAAAAUAACUCUGUUAAAUGGUUUUGUUCGAAAAAUGGAAAACAAAUGUAAAUGGAUAUUUCAUUGUAACGAAGGUUUUACUCUCUUCGGAAAUAGAGAAAUUGAAUUUUUAAACAAUAAACAAUGGACAAGUUUGAAGCCAAUUUGCAUUCCUACUCAUAAUUUGGAAAUAGAGAAUGGAAAUUUCGCGAUAAAAAUGAAUUCUGGAAAUUCUGUUCUUCAUUAUCAAUGCGAAAAUGGCUAUGAAUUAGUUGGUGACAAUGAUAUUAUCACAAGCGGACAAAUAAUCAAUCUCAAAAAACCCUCUUGUCGUGCAUCGUGUCCAUUAAUUCCAUUAUGCUUUGGACUAAUUGGCAUCAAUUUGCAGACGAAUUUUGUACAUUUUAUUUGCGAAGAAGGAUAUCAACUUAAGGGAAAUUCAACAGCCGUUUGUGCCAAUGGAAAAUGGAGUAAUCCGCCCCCAGUUUGUAUACCAAAUUGUCCGAAAAUCGAUUUAGUGAAUGGCGAUGUCGAAAUAAAGGAGAAUAUCGCCACAUUUCGUUGCAACGAAAAUUACAAUCUUCUGGGUAAUAAUAUUUCAAUUUGCCACGAGGGCGAGUGGAUCGAUGAAAUUCCAAUCUGUGCUCGUAAGAAUUUUCUAUUUCCUUCACAAGUGAUUCCAAUUUUGCAAAUUUCAAAAUGUCCAACAGUAAAAUUAACGCAAGCACAUAAAAUAAUGGCAUUGAAUUUACAAUCGACUUAUUAUAAAUUUUCCUGCAAGGAAGGAUACACAAUGAGAGGGAAUAGUGAAAUUUUUUGCAGAUACGGUCAGUGGAGUCAUCCAGUUCCAAUUUGUGAAGUUAAACGACACUAUUAUCAGAUCACCGAUGGAUUUAAAAUAAAUAACGUGAUUUCCAAAUGUCCCGUCUCUAAUUCGAAAGGAGAAUAUUAAUAUUAUUAAAUUUAUAAAUAGUU